UUUUUAAAUAAAGCUGGAUAUGGAAAAAAAUUAAAUAAACUGAUUGGUGGUGGUGUUGCAUAUGUGGACGAAUUUCCUUUUUUAGUAUCAAUUCGAUGGAUGAAUGAGCAUGUAUGUUGUGGCAGUAUUAUAAGUCCAACACAUAUUGUCACAACAGCAAGUUGUGUUACAUCUGCAGAUAAGAGUAUAAUUUAUGGAAAUCUUCAAGUUUUAUCUGGAUCGAAUAAUCAAAAUUAUCAACAAGGCCAUGGAAAUAUAAAUGAUGUUGCCACAGUUAUUAUUCAUCCUGAUUAUUUACCACGUCAAUUUUGGGCCAACGAUAUAAGCAUUUUAAAACUAUCAAAACAAUUAAUUUUCAGUCCAAUUUGUCGACAAGUUAUAUUGCCACCACCGUCAACAAGUCACCAAUACAAUAAACUACGAUUAAUUAGUUAUGAACAAUUUCAAACUGGUCAACUUAUUUCACAACUUUAUGUUAAAUUGUCAUCACGAUCUGUUUGUUCAGAUUUAUGCAGAGAAUAUGGUAGAAUUCAUCCAGCUCAACAUUGUAUUAAAACACAAUACGAAAGGCAAACAAUUGACAAUGGAGACAGUGGUAGUCCUAUUGUAACAUUUCAAAAAGGACAUUUAUUUGGAAUAGUUUCUUUAGUUUUCAUUGAUCCUCAUAAUCCUGCUGUUAUUACAAAAGUUUUGAUGCAUUAUGUUGAUUGGAUAUUUCAAGCAAUUAGCAAGUAUUAAGUAUCACUACUUUAAAUUAAAUGUAAAGCUUUAAACACCACUAAAAUAAACUGAU